AUGGGAUACGACAAGAGCUGGGUUUCGAGGAACGAUAGCGACCAUGCCCCAUACCAGGCUGUGAGCAGGGCCCUGGCGCUGAGGAACGCCUCGGCUGGGCCGAUGGGGUGGCAGGGCGGGAACGGCAGCCAGGCCGGUGUGGCCGAGGGCGAGGAACAUGGCCAAGAGCAGACCUACAGGCACUUCACGACCACCGUGCAGAUCGUCAUCUUCGUGGGCUCGCUGCUGGGUAACGUCAUGGUGCUGUGGUCAACUUGCAGAACAUCAGUACUUAAAUCUGUAACAAACCGAUUCAUUAAGAAUUUGGCCUGCUCGGGGAUCUGUGCCAGCCUAGUCUGUGUGCCUUUUGACAUUGCUCUUAGUGCCAGUCCACACUGCUGCUGGUGGAUCUAUACAGUGCUCUUCUGCAGAAUUGCCAAGUUUCUGCACAAAGUCUUCUGCUCUGUGACCAUCCUUAGUUUUCCAGCCAUUGCUCUUGACAGGUACUACUCUGUUUUAUAUCCUCUGGAAAGAAAAAUAUCUGAUGCAAAAUCCCGAGACCUGGUAAUCUAUAUCUGGGCCCAUGCAAUAGUGGCCAGCAUUCCAGUAUUUGCAGUAACCGACGUGUCUGAUAUUUAUGCCAUGUCCACCUGUUCUGAAUCUUCAAGUUACUCCCUUGGCCACCUGAUAUAUGUCAUCAUCUAUAAUAUCACCACUGUGAUUGUACCAGUGGCUGUGGUAUUUCUCUUUAUGAUUCUUAUUCGCAGGGCACUGAGUGCCAGCCAGAAGAAAAAAGUCAUCAUAGCUGCCUUAAGGACACCUCAGAAUACAAUUUCUAUCCCUUAUGCCUCCCAGCGAGAAGCUGAGCUUCAUGCCAUGCUGCUUUCCAUGGUUAUGAUAUUUAUUUUCUGCAGCGUCCCCUAUGUGACUUUGGUGAUUUACCGCACCAUACUCAAUAUUUCAGAUAUUUCAGUCUUCUUGCUCCUCACUGCCAUUUGGUUGCCCAAGGUCUCUUUGCUGGCCAAUCCUUUGUUAUUUUUAACUGUUAACAAAUCUGUACGGAAGUGCUUAGUGGGAACAAUAGUACAGCUGCACCAAAGGUAUAGCAGGAGGAAUAUUGUCAGCUCGAGUGGUGUUGCAGAUGCUAAUCUGGAGCCCAGUGUCCGUUCGGGGAGUCAGCUUCUGGAGAUGUUUCAUAUAGGGCAACAACAAAUCUUCAAGCCAAUGGAAGAUGAGGAGAAUGAGACCAAAUCCACUGGCUCUGGUGACUUUCAGCAGAAAGAAAUUCCUACCACCAGUUCAGAGGUAGGAGAGACUUUGGUUCACAAAUUUAUACCACAGACGAUUGCAGACUCUGCAGCUCAGGUGGCGCCAGCUGUGCCCACAGAAGCUGAUGUGGUAAAUGACAAGUAUUCCAUGCAGUUUGGUUUUGGACCCUUUGAGCUGCCCCCACAGUGGCUCUCAGAAAACCGAAACAGUAAGAAGCGACUCCUGCCUCCUUUGGGGAACACCCCUGAAGAGCUAAUCCAGACGAAACAGCCUAAGUGUAAAGCAGAAAGAAAAAUCAGCAGAAACAAUAAAGUCAGUAUCUUUCCCAAGGUGGAUUCUUAG